AGGUCUCUUUCUGUCUUUCCUUUGCAGGGAAAAUUGGGGGGGAACGGCUUCUGACAUUGAUGUUGCAGCCUUUAUUUACUCUUUACGUGGAAUGGAAAGCAGCAGGCUGAUGUAGACAGAAAUCCCUCAGUGCGCAGGCUGCAGUCAACACAUCCUGGAUAAGUUCAUCCUAAAGGUUCUGGAUCGGCACUGGCACUCAAAAUGCCUGAAGUGCGCCGACUGCCACGCGCUCCUGGCGGACAAAUGUUUCUCUCGCGCCGGGAAUGUCUACUGCAAAGAGGACUUCUUCAAGCGUUUCGGGACAAAGUGUGCAUCGUGCCAGCAGGGGAUUCCUCCUACACAGGUGGUCCGGAAAGCUCAGGACUUUGUGUACCAUCUUCACUGUUUUGCAUGUGUGAUGUGCAGCAGACAGUUGGCCACUGGAGAUGAGUUCUACCUCAUGGAGGACGGCAGACUCGUGUGCAAAGAGGACUACGAAACAGCCAAGCAGAACGAUGAUUCAGAAACAGGAGCAAAACGUCCACGCACCACCAUCACAGCCAAACAGCUGGAAACUCUCAAAAGCGCCUAUAAGAACUCGCCAAAACCAGCAAGACACGUGCGAGAGCAACUUUCCUCAGAAACGGGCCUGGACAUGAGAGUGGUGCAGGUGUGGUUUCAGAACAGACGGGCAAAAGAAAAACGGCUGAAGAAAGACGCGGGCCGGCAUCGGUGGGGUCAGUUCUACAAAAGCGUCAAACGCAACAGAGGCUCCAGUAAAACAGAGAAGGAAAGCUCAGCCGACGAUGCAGGACUCAGUGACAGUGAGCUCAGUUUCAGAGAUGAUCAGAUCCUGUCAGACUUGGGUCAUGCUAACGGCCUGUACGGAAGUGUCGGCGACGUCUCUAAUGGUAACAUGCUCAACGGGAGCUUCUCUUUGGAUGGAGGCGGGCAGCCUUACCAUGACCUGCGGGCAGGGAGUCCCUAUGGCCUGCCUCAGUCGCCCUCGUCCAUCACUUCCCUGCCAGGCCACACUCCUCUACUCAACAACUUAGGCUUCAGCAUGGACGGCCUCAUGGGUCAGGCCGGUCAGCCCAGUGUGGGUCAAGCUCUGAGAGCCAUGGCCGGAGGCCCCACCUCUGACCUAUCCACAGGAAGCAGCACGGGAUACCCAGACUUCCCCACCAGCCCGGCCUCAUGGCUCGAUGAAAUGGACCACUCUCAGUUCUGAGGUCAGACACUAUGAGGGAAAGUGCGCUACUAUGGACAACAUUUUAUCGACGUAAUUCCCAGAACUGGCCACGAUUGACAGUGUUCGGUGUGGGCAAACCCCCAUGGAAUGCCUGCACUGUAUCAUUUUGUAACUCGUAUUUUUUCAUCGUUCUCAAAACUGGAUUGGAGGAUUUCCAGCAUGAGAACCCCCCAGGCCACCCUGGAAAAUUAAUCACGAUCCAACGCGUUUUUGAGAACAGGAGGGUUCCAUGCAUGUUUCCGAAUGAGGAGGAAAAUCGUCCACAUUCAAAAUGCCGACGCACUUUAAUGUAUGUUCCUCCUCGACUGAAUACUGGAAACAGAGGAGCGCACCGAGCAAGGAGAGAUAUUUAAACAAGUGGCACAAGUGUAUCUUUCCUAUUUACAAGGGGUUGGGAUUUUAAUGGUUGACACUUUCUAAACGGCUCUACUAGAGACGGUCCUUCUCGUCAACAGGCCUGAAGAACAGAAAAAGGUUAUUUUUUAAUAAGGACGAAUCCGCAUGCACUGCUCUGAGUUUUAAAAUCUCUGUGUCAAUGCUUCUUUUUGGUCAUAUCCAGGAAGAUAGAUUGAAAUUAAGGUUAUUAUUUAUUUAUUUUUUGGUAUUACCACAUUGAAAUGUGUUUUCGUUCCUAGUCAUUGCUCCAUGAGCAAAACUUUAUAUAUUUCAAUGCAUUUGGAUGUUAUUUAUUUCAGAGCAGAUGACAGUAGUGGAUUUCCAUUACACAGACACAAGUACCUUUAUGGCCUGAUCAGUUAUUAUCAAGCAAACCAAGUGAAAGGGAAACUUACUCUGCUAUUUUCUUUCUUAUUAGACACGUUUAAGCAACAACUGUGAGGAUUUCAUGUUAUUUAUUUCUAUUUUGGGUACCAGUGUCAGUAUUAUGAAGGGUUGAGUUAUGGGGAAGACUACAGUGAUGUUAUAAACACAAGGAGAAUCAUUUUCAGUUCGAUACUGCAAAAUUGGACCCACACACUGGUAAAAGGGAUGUUAUGCUGAAAAAGUGAACAUAAGCUAAUAAGAGCAACAUGGAGGAAAACAAGAAGAAAAAUAACCAUGUUUUUGUUGAGUCUUAAUGGCUGUAAAUUUUGUAAAGUCUCAAAAAGUGUCGACAGUCUUGUUUCAUGAGCACUAUUUAUUGCUAUGGAUCUUUGGAAAAAAAAAAGAGCACUGAAUUUAGUCCUAUAUGCCUUCUGUCCAAUGGUAUGAAUUGUGUACAGUCAAAUCUAUAUGGAGAAAUAAAGUCGAAUCGUCUUUGGGUUACUGCA